AACCGCCAUUACCAGAGAAGAAGAAGUAGUACAGGAUCACCCGCCAUGCAGGAGCGCUUCAGUUGAGUUUUCACGUUUAAACCGCCUCUGUUUGCUGUUUUACAUGCAGUCAGCUGCAGUUAAACGUUAAAAACAAUCAGUUUAACUGAACGUAGCGGCGGGAAUCUCGCUAAAAGCCACCAUGGCCCAACAAGCCGCGGCUCUUCAGACCUACAACAACGAGCUUGUGAAAUGUAUCGAGGACCUGUGCUCGAAGCGGGACGAGCUGAACCGCCAGAUCCGGCUGGAGGAAGACGAGAAGGAGCGACUCCAGCACGACAUCCGGGUUCUCUCCGAGAAGCUAAGCCGGGUCAACGAGAGCAUGGCGCAUAGACUGACCACCAGGGCCAACCUGGACCGCACCAUCGCAGAGACGGAGGCUGCAUACGCCAAGAUCCUGGAGAGUUCCCAGUCUCUACUGAGUGUCCUGAAACAGGAAGCAGGAAACCUCAACAAAUCCCCAGAGCAGUGGAAAAACUAGCACCAAGAAAAACGCUCUGUACUCUGCUGGACUCUGAUUUUGCACUUUUAAACCCACUUUUCUGUGUUCAUUUUAAUAAUAUAUUUGUGUUUUUUUCUCCUUUUAAAGCAAUAAAUGUUUGACUUUUAGUCGUACAUCUUCAGUCAGUCAUUCACAGCACAUCUUUUAGUUCAGGUUGUUUAUUUAUUCAGCUUUUAUUAUACAAGUACAACAUCUUUUUGUUGUUUUUUCAGCUUACAGUAAGCAAAUGGAGAGUUACAGACAGGAAGUGAAUAAAGGAUGAACCAGGAAGUGAGGCGUUUGGUUUCAGACGGAGAGCAGGAAGAUCUGGAUGGAUCAUCAACAUGAGCCACGCCUCCACAGCAGCCAAAUAAAAAAACAAAAUCAUGACCCUUGAACUUUCACACCUUUACAACCUGGAUUUUAGCAAAAGUGAGAACACGUCCGCUAAGGCUCUAACAGGAAAGCAAAUUUUUGGUUUAGCUUCUCUAUGCUAACCUCUAGCGCUCUUAGCUCCUCCUAAUAUUUAUUCAGGUAAAUAAAUACUAAAGUGCUGCUUUGUAAACUUUCAGUUGAAUAAAAUUAGACAUUUCAGUCCUGAACACACUUGAGCUAAUUUUUGGGUUUUGCUAACAUCUUAUCUUCCCUUUAUUAAUAUUCAUGCAGAUGAAUUCCAAAUCGCUAAUUUCCAUGAACGUUUUGUAAACUUUUGCUUGAAUAAAGCUUGACAUCUGCAGUGCCAGAGACACUUGAGCUAAUCUGCUAACAGCAGAGCUAACUUUGUUUUCUGGUUUAAGUGUUUUUGCUAACCUUUAGCGCUUUUAGUUUCUCCUAAAUAAAUUUGGAUGAAUCCUGAAGUG